GUUGACCCUAGGCUCGCAAGCAACGCAUAUGUUUCAUACGACUAUGCCGACCGCGCUCAUGCCAAGCUGAUCGUCACAAAGGGCAAGGGAUUCACCAAGGAGAAGAACAAGGGAAAGAGAGGCUCCUACAGAGGUGGUAUGAUUGAUACCUCUGGCGGCAAGGGUAUCAAGUUCGAGGAUUAA